AUGGCAGCUCCAGUCAACUCCGGCUACGUCCAAACGAGCGACCCCUCGAAACCACGCUCCGACGCUGCAGUCCCCUUCCGCGACCUCAUACCUUCUCCUUCCCAUCCUCGAAUUGCCGGAAUUGUAGAUCACACUGCCCUCAGUUGGUGCGAAUCGCGCAGACAGAUCGAGGCCCCAGCGUGGCUGAUCAAUCGACUCGACGCGAAGAAUUUGGAGAAACCAUACAAAGGGUUCACGUCAGACGGGAAGGUAAGAGAGGGAUUGUAUAACUAUGCAGAGGAUGAGGGUGCGCCAACGGAGGAGGUGAUGGCCCGGACGGCAGAUUUAUUCAAGAUUCUUAGCGGCGAGCAGAAGGACCAGGUGCAUUGUGGGGAGGUGACGGACGAUGAUUUCAGACUGUGGUCAAACCCUGAGCUCUACAUGAACCCAGGCGGGCUGCGACUCGAUGAAUGCUCCGCCGAAGUACAGACCGCAAUCCAUACGAUCCUCAAAGCUUCAAGCUCUCCCGAAGGCUACGAAAAGAUCCUUGGCUGCUGCCUCACGAACGACUUCCUGGGACACCUUGUAAAUGGCAAGAGGGUGCUGAAUGAACACUCCUACAAUUUCCGCCUCUUUGGCGUUCUCUCUACCUCUACACCAUGGGGCUACACAUUUUUCGGACAUCAUCUUUGUCUGGCAGUGGUCUUCCUUGGGAAGAGAAUGGUGUUUGGGCCUACAUUCAUGGGUGCAGAGCCAGAUAGGAUUGAUGAGGGCCCACACGCAGGAUUGAGACUGUUCCGGGCAGAGGAGAUGGAGAGCUUGAAAUUGAUGCAAAGUCUACCGAAGGAGCUGCAAGACAAGGCGACACUUAGUAAAGGAAUGGAUGGGAAUAGUUUGGCUGCAGAUAGGUGGAAUCCGUUUGAUGAGAGACAUCUCGGAGGAGCGAGGCAAGAUAACAGAAUUGUACCAUAUGAGGGCUGCUUAGUCUCUGAAUUCCCACCAGGCAAGCAAGAAAUGAUCAUCAAUCUAUUCAAAGCUUUCAACGAAUAUUAUCCAGCGCCGGUGUUGGAACAUCGGCUCGCCCUUUUCAAGGAGCAUUUGAACGAGACAUAUUUUGCGUGGAUUGGUGAAUUUGGAGACGAAGAUCCGUAUUACUAUAGAAUACAUAGUCCAGUAGCGUUUAUGGAGCUAGAUUUCCAUUGUGGGAUUUUCUUGACAAAUACAACUCCAGCGAGAUGUCACAUCCACACAGUAAAUAGAUUGCCUAACAGAGGAGACUACGGAAAAGCUUUGCUAGAACAGAACGGGCUUAAGUCUUGA